UAAUGGAUUAACUGUAUGAUGUAAAUCAAUUACUUUUUCUGUGGUUCCUCCUGCCUUCCGAUGACAGCUGGGAUAGGCUCCAGUACCCCCCGCGACCCUGAGGGAGAAGCGGCUUAGGAACUGUGUGUGUGUGUGUGUGUGUGUGUGUUUGUUUGUGUGGUUCCUCCUCUUACACUGUAGACACGGCAGGGGGCGGUAAACACAGCACGUAGACGUCAGUAUUUCAGCGAAGAAGAUAAAGAACUCACGGGAGGACUCAAGCAUGGCAGUGGACAUGAGAUUACCGACUGUCCGAAAACAGAUAUCUCUGUCAGGAUCCCAGUCCACGGACGGUAAACACUUGGUUGUUCCGGGAGAUGUGAUCACGUCCGACACAGGUUUUAUGAGGGGCCAUGGAACCUACAUGGAUGAUGAGAAGCUCACAGCCUCAGUGGCGGGGGAGGUUGAACGUGUCAACAAGCUGAUAUGUGUGAGGCCACUCAAGACUAGGUUCAACGGUGAAGUUGGUGAUGUGGUAGUAGGCAGGAUUACAGAGGUUCAGCAGAAACGUUGGAAAGUGGAGACCAAUUCUCGGCUAGACUCUGUGUUACUUCUUUCCUCAGUGAAUCUUCCAGGAGGAGAGUUGAGGAGGCGUUCGGCAGAAGAUGAGCUUGCCAUGAGGGACUAUCUUCAGGAGGGGGACCUCAUAAGUGCAGAGGUACAGUCUGUAUUUUCAGAUGGAGCCCUGUCACUUCACACACGCAGCUUGAAGUACGGAAAGUUGGGACAGGGUGUACUGGUGCAAGUAUCACCCUCCCUUGUGAAAAGACAGAAAACUCACUUCCACAAUCUACCGUGUGGAGCAUCCAUAAUACUAGGGAACAAUGGCUACAUCUGGCUAUACCCUACACCAGGGCAGCAAGAUGAAGAAGCAGGCGGGUACUACACAAGUCUGGAGCCUGUUCCGCUGCCAGAUCGGGAGGUCAUUUCUCGGCUGAGGAAUUGUUUGCUGGCCCUGGCAGCCCACAAAGUGCUGCUAUAUGAUACCAGUGUACUCUACUGCUAUGAAUCAUCCCUCUCCCACCAGAUGAAGGAUAUUUUGAAACCAGAGAUCAUGGAUGAAAUUGUGAUGGAGACACGACAGCGACUUCUUGAGCAAGAAGGAUAGAGUGCCAGUAGUUGACGACAUGAAUUAAAUACAAGUACUGGGCAGCUGUCUGCAGGCUUUCUUCUAGACCUUUGCAUACUAAUGACAUGGAAAAAGUUGUCUUUUUAUUCAGGGAAAGCAAAGUUGUUAACAGUUAAAAGUCACAGUGAGGCUUGGCAUGUAGAAAUGUGUCCUUUUUUGUGUUCUAAUCCUUUUCACCUAGUCAUCUGAUUACUAUUUCUAUUCUAUUUAUCUAUUUCUUUGCUAUUCCUUGUCAUUUGUCUGACUGAGAAAGAAGACACAGCUCAUAUUCACCAGUUUCAGGGAGAUCCUCAGCCCUAUAGUGUUUUCUUGGGCCACAUGAUACUUUUAUUUGCAGAUUUUGGAGGUGCUUUACCAUGAACACUGUCCUUGGAACAGCAGUCCCUAUUUUGGAGUCUUGUCUUUAAGCUCACACAUCAUUCAGUUGAAAUUCUAAUGCUAAAGUUAAAGGAGAAUUCCACUCAUUUUUCAAGAUAUCUGCACAAUUCAUUUAGAGUGCUUUUGUAUGAGAUGUAUCUUACAGACUUGGAUUUUUUUACAGUGGUAAUAUAGCCAUUUUAUUUGCUAUCCAGACCAGUAUACCUACACACAUCUUCAGAGAUUUAUAUAUAAUGUGGAUAUUGGUAAAAUAGUGGCAAAUCUGAAAAGUUUCCCCAUAUUUGGGACUAUUUUGACAUUCAAUGCUGUGUGUGUGUGUGUUUUCUGUGCUAUGGAUCUCAAACUACUCUAAAACUAUGUCUGAGACAUCAGGCAAUGUAUUUGUAGCCAUUAAUUAAAAAUACUUUGAGACAUAGCUUUAAGUGGUAUUAAACUCUUUGGAUAUCUGGCUCCUAUCAUUACCAUUGUGAACUAUUCUGACUCUGAAAGUUUCUCUGGAAUAGAGCAUUUCACAUUAAACCACGCAAAAGACUUUAUCUUACUAAUUGAAUUAUGCAUCAGUUUUGAAAAGUCAUAAAAAUGAGUCCUACCUUUACAUAAUGGCUGUGAAGUAUUUUGUGAUAGUUUUGAUACAGUAUAAAGAUUUUGUAUACAGAAGCAUUUUGAUGCUUUUGAUUCUUGUUCAAUAAAUUGCAGUGCCUUUGACACAUGAA